AUGGGCGAAAUUACUCAUCGUGUCUCCAACGAGACUUUCAAGGUCGUCACGCCUCCAGCUGACGCACCGAUUGAGAUUCUUAAUGAAUUUUACUGGACCAACGAAUCCGAGCCCCACACGAAAAGACGAAAAGCUAUCAUUGCAAAGUACCCACAAGUUUCCCAAUUGACAGGAUAUGAGCCCAAAACGAAAUGGAUAGUGGCACUAGUUGUGGCACUCCAGUUUGCUGUUGCCCAUCACCUUAGAAACCUGAGUCCACUUUCGUUCAAGUUCAUUGCAUUGGCUUAUGUCAUCGGUGCCACGGCAAAUCAGGCUAUCUUUCUUGCAAUUCACGAAUUAUCACAUAAUCUUCUCUUUAAGAAGCCGUUGCAUAACAAGAUGUUCGCGGUGUUCACCAACUCGCCCAUCGGAAUUCCAUACUCUGCUUCAUUCCAGCCAUAUCAUCAGUUGCAUCACAAGUUCCUUGGCGAUGAGUACUUGGACACAGAUUUGCCAACCCGUGUUGAGGCCAUAGUGCUACUGAACGUGUUGGGGAAAGUUUUCUUUGCCACUUUCCAGAUUCUCUUCUACGCGUUGCGCCCAAUGUUCAUCACACAGAUCAAAUUCACAUACAUUCACCUCUUGAACAUCGUUUUCCAAAUAGCAGUGGACGUUGUCAUGAUCAAAAACUGGGGUGUCAAUUCGCUUCUUUAUUUCAUUAUGUCGUCGUUCCUUGCCGGCUCGUUGCACCCUUGUGCCGGUCACUUUAUUGCCGAACAUUACGUGCUGAACAAGAAUAAUGUGCCAAGACACACACCUGUGAAUGGCAUCACGGUCAGCAAAGAUUUACUUCCGGAAGAAACUUACUCCUACUACGGCUCCCUAAAUCUUUUGACCUGGAAUGUAGGGUAUCACAAUGAGCAUCAUGAUUUCCCGUAUAUCGCAUGGACAAAAUUGCCUGAGCUCAGGCGCAUUGCCAAAGAGUUCUAUGAUCCCUUGCCUCAGAUUGACUCUUGGUGCGGCGUAUUGUGGCACUUUUGUUCGAAUGAUAUCAACACUCUCUGGUGCAGAGUCAAGCGGGCAGGAAGCAUCAAGGAGGGCCUGAAAAUUGGUGGGCUAGACGUAAACUAA